ACAACUAUUAAGUGGUUAAAGUAGAUCCCCACCCCCCCACACCCCACCCCUCGCCCCAGGGAAAUAGCAAGGUUAGAGUCACAUCUCACUCCAGCCUGUCCACUUUUAGUAAGAAAACAAAGUCUGUGACUGCAUCUCCUGUGUUGGGAAAACCUAGCCUGAAGUUUCAAUGCCUUGUAGUAGCUAGCAUUUAUAUCCAAUAGUUAGACGUUCAUGAAGAUAUUAGCCCCAAUCUUGACUUGAGGCUUUGGGUCAUGAAGUAUAAUAUGUCUCUAGAAUGACCUAAUUUACUGAACUCUUUAAGAAAUGUUACCCUCCUUUCCCUUACUAGACAUAGCCCUUCAUGGGGUGACUCCCCUGACCCCUCUUAAUCCUCUGGAGACUUUGUAAUGACCAGUGAAACCUGGAUAACUUUGUAGCCUUUUUACACUGGUGACAGGAGUGGGUGGCAUUUUACUAGGUUACAUCUAGACAAGGAUGGGCAGGCCAAACCUCAAUGACCAGUUUAACCUGGUAAAGUGGAUGAGAGCCAAGGGGGUGGUCUUUACUGUUACUUCUCCCUCAGCUAGAUGGAGUCGUGGCUUGUAAGCUUCCAAGUCUCUCAGAGCCCUUGCUAGGAAAGAGCUACUGUAUCUAACUGGGUAGAAAAGGAGCCCACACUUGGAUCCAGAAGUUACAUUUUUCUUGAGUGUUGUCCCAUGCACGUAGUUGAAACAGAACCAUUUAACUUCAAGUCUUACUUUGGAUCACUGAUUCUGACCUUGGCCAAGAUGUUUUUCUCACUAUACCUCAGUUCCCUCAACUUGAAAAUAAGGGUGAUAAUUGUGCCUCAGUGUGUGCUAAGUGCCUACAAUAGUUCUUGGCGCGCUUUAAUCUUUUUGGCCGUUACCGGCAUUAAUAUUGAAUAUACCCCUUUUAUUGAAUGAGUUGAAAAGUGCACUAUUGCUUUGAUCUUGAUGAACUUGAUAACCAAAUGUAUAAUCAAAUUACUAAUCUACCUUAUUUAUAUUUAUAGCUGGAAAAACCUGUGCUGUCUUCAUAAUAGUACGGAAGAAUUCUAGAUAGGAAGGAGAGAAAGAAGCGAAUGAAGACUGUAAAAGAAACAAAAGAAUGUCCAAUAUUGAGAAGAGCUGCCAGGACUAAGAAGGUCACCCCGAAGACGCUAUCUUCGGGCCCUGUUUGCCUGCUAUGCCUUCAAGAACCUGGUGAUCCUGAAAAACUAGGAGACUUUCUUCAGAAAGACAGUCUUUGUGUGCACUAUUUCUGUCUUAUCCUAUCUAGCAAGUUGCCUCAGAAGGGCCAACCCAACAGAGGUCUCCAUGGAUUUAUGCCCAAAGACAUCAGAAAGGAAGCAGCCCGGGCUUCUAAGAAGAUCUGCUUUGUGUGCAAGAAAAAGGGAGCUGCUAUCAAAUGCCAGAAUGGCCAGUGUGCCAGAAGCUUCCAUCUGCCUUGUGGCCAAGAAAGGGGUUGCCUUUCACAAUUUUUUGGAGAGUACAAAUCAUUUUGUGGAAAACAUCGCCCAACACAGAACAUCCAACAGGGGAAUCUGGGGGAGGAAAGCUGUGUCUUGUGUUGCGAAGACUUAUCCAAAACAAGUGUUGAGAAUAUCCGGAGCCCAUGUUGUAGUCAAGCUAUCUACCACCGAAAGUGUAUCCAGAAAUAUGCCCACACGUCAGCGAAGCACUUCUUCAAGUGCCCCCAGUGCAACAACAGAGAAGAGUUUCCCCGAGAGAUGCUGAGGAUGGGGAUUCACAUUCCAGACAGAGAUGCUGCCUGGGAACUGGAGCCAGGGGCUUUCUCGGAACUCUAUCAGCGCUAUAAGCAUUGUGAUGCUCCCAUCUGUCUGUACCAACAGGGCAGAGACAGCUUUGAGGAUGAAGGUCAGUGGCGCCUCAUUCUGUGUGCUACAUGUGGAUCCCAUGGAACCCACCGAGAGUGCUCCUCAGUGAGACCCAACAGCAAGAAAUGGGAGUGCAGAGAGUGCUCACCUGAUUCAACCAUGGAUUAUGUAUCUGAAGACUCAGCUGACGUCCCCUGCUGCAGCAGUGCCUUCCAGCCCCAGGAGCAUUUCUCCAGGGCCACCGACCUGGAAGAGAGUGCAGGCUCUUCUUGGACUGAGUGGAUACGACCUUCCCUGUCAGAAAAGCCUGAGUCCUCUGGUGGCAGAAGAAGACGUUCCUGGAGAUCCAAAGGAGUCAGAGUCACUAAGAACUGCAAAAAGUCCAAGUAA